GGAGAGGUACAAGAAUUCAGAGCCCUACUACCGUCCAACCAGCUCUGCAUUGCAGGCCAGUGUCGAAGCUCGCUCUGACCUCUUGUAUUCGUGUUCACAUCGAGUUUAUCGACGUCGUCGUUGAACGCGAGACAAUGGGGGAGGCACUGGAUCCGUACUACGUCCGCUGGUUCAAGCGGUCCACCUACAUCCUCCGCAUGGUGCUCGGCUAUUCGGCGCCCCUCUUUUGCGUGCCGCUCAUCGAAGUCGGCGACAAGAGUCUGCGCUGCCUGUACGUGCUGAUAGUGACGUACGAGCAGCUGUUGUUCGGCACCGUGCACCCAGGCGUCGCCAGCUUCCUACCGUUCGUGUAUCUACCGUUGCUCGAGAUAGACACCAUGUCUGAAGUCUGCAACAAUUAUUUCACGGAGCUGUUCUUCACGUGCUUUGGGCAGUUGGCGUACACCGCGGCGAUGACGACGAGCGGCCUCUGUCACCGGCUCGCCCUCUGGUCGCUGCGACACAUGGCGUACGGCAUCGAGCUCGGGAUAUUCACCCUGAUGGCCGUCUCCAUGGCCAUCUCCUUCUGGGUGGACAACGCGAUCGCCACGCUGACCACAGUGUCCGUGGUCAACGAGACGUUCGGCAUCAUACAGAGGAACACCUACAUCCGCAUGACGCAGGACACUUCCUUCAGGGAGCUGAACAUGAGUUCCAGCAAUAGCGGAGAAGACAACAUCCCUAUCACAGAAGAGUUGGCUGACGAAUUCACGAAGUUGGACCGUAUGCGGCAAACCAGCCUGAUUGGAGUCGGCUUUUGUGCCACGCUAGGCGGCAUGGGACUACUGUCGGGUCACGUGAUCAACUACUACCUCCUCGGCUACAUCAGAGACGAAUACGGCCCGCUGGUCAUCACUCCGCUGUCUUGGUGUGUGUUCCACCUUCCACUGUGCUUCAUGCUACUCGUAGCCACGUGGGCUGUGCUUCACUUCCUCGCGCUGGGCAACUCGGUGGCAUCGAGAUACCGAGAGAAUAUCGACGAAGACCUACAGAAAGCCAUCAACGAGCAAGUCGAGGCCCUGGGCCCGCUGAAGCUGCACGAGGGCGGCGUACUCUUGAACUACAUCCUGCUGAACGCCCUUCUCUUCAUGGGCAGCGGGUUCACGCACGAAGUCAACAAGCGUUCCGGCAUAUCCGUGUAA